GGGCGCUAGAGGGUCACGAAGGACCCGCCUUUCCCAGACCGAGGCACCAUAGGGCGAAGGUUGUUCCCAAGGCCACGUGAGGCUUCCGGGACCUCUAAAGCCCCAAACGAGCAGAAGUAAUGAAAGAGGGAAGUUAAGGACGCUCCAACUCUGAGACGCUGCGCGCCUCUGCCGGCCCUCGAGCCGCUCUCCCAGCAGCUGCCACUGCUGGCCACCUGGUCCAGCCCAGGGGAGAUGGUGACCGCAGAGCGAUAUCGCGACCGCAGAGCAACGUCCCGCCGCAGCCCGGACGGGCGCCUCCCCCGGCUGCCCGCGCCCUCGGCCCCGCCGCCACCGCUGCUGCUGCUGCUACUGCUACUGCUGGCCGCCGCCGCGCCGCCCAGCCUGGCAGAAGUCUCCUAUGCGACUGCAUACUGGAUACCUGCUGAAAAGACAGUGCAUGUCAAAAACGUACUAGACAAGAGCGGGGAUGCCUAUGGCUUCUAUAAUAACUCUGUGAACACCACAGGCUGGGGCAUCCUGGAGAUCAAAGCAGGGUAUGGUUCUCAGACUCUGAGCAAUGAGGUCAUCAUGUUUGUGGCUGGCUUUUUGGAGGGAUACCUCACUGCCACACACAUACACGACCACUUCAUAAACCUCUACCCACAGCUGAUUAAGAAACCUUCCAUCGUGGAUAAAGUGCAGGAGUUCAUGGAGAAGCAAGAACAGUGGACACGAAAUAACAUCAAAUAUUAUGAAGAUGACCCGUUUUGGAGACACACAGGCUACGUCAUGGCACAAAUGGAUGGGCUCUAUUUAGGAGCAAUGAAGAAGUCUAUCUUAAUAGGGGAAAAGCCCAUGACCCUGUUCCAGAUUCAGUUCCUGAAUGCCGUUGGAGACCUGUUGGAUCUGAUUCCCUCUCUUUCGCCCACAAAAGAUUCCAGCCUGAAGGUUUUUAAGAGAUGGGACAUGGGACACUGCUCUGCUCUUAUUAAGGUUCUUCCUGGAUUUGAGAACAUCUACUUCGCUCACUCAAGCUGGUACACAUAUGCGGCCAUGCUCAGGAUAUACAAACACUGGGACUUCAACAUCAGAGAUAAAGACACCAGCAGUAGCUGCCUCUCUUUCAGCAGUUACCCAGGGUUUCUAGAGUCCCUGGAUGACUUUUACAUUCUUAGCAGCGGUUUGGUGUUGCUGCAGACCACGAAUAGUGUGUAUAAUAAAACCCUGCUAAAGCUUGUGACACCCCAGUCUCUCCUGGCCUGGCAGAGAGUUCGUGUGGCCAACAUGAUGGCCAGUGAUGGCAGGCAGUGGGCAGAGAUAUUUUCCAAAUACAACUCUGGCACCUAUAACAAUCAAUACAUGGUCCUGGACCUGAAGAAGGUAAAGCCCAAGUACAGCCUUGAUGCAGGAACUCUGUACAUCGUAGAGCAAAUUCCUUCGUAUGUAGAAUAUUCUGAGCAAACUGAUGUUCUUCGGAAAGGAUACUGGCCCUCCUACAACAUUCCUUUUCAUGAAAAAAUCUACAACUGGAGUGGCUAUCCAAUGUUAGUUCAGAAGCUGGGUCUGGACUACUCCUAUGAUCUGGCUCCACGGGCCAAAAUCUUCCGGCGUGAUCAAGGGAGAGUUACGGAUAUGGCAUCCAUGAAAUAUAUCAUGCGAUACAACAAUUAUAAGAAGGAUCCUUAUAGUAAGGGUGAUCCGUGCAAUACCAUCUGCUGCCGUGAGGAUCUGAACUCGGUGGACCCAAGUCCUGGAGGUUGCUAUGAUACGAAGGUGGCAGACCUCUACCUAGCAUCAGAGUACACUGCACACGCCAUCAGUGGUCCCACGGUUCAAGGCGGCCUCCCCAUUUUUCACUGGACGCGGUUCAACAAAACUCUCCAUGUGGGCAUGCCGGAGGCCUACAACUUUGAUUUUAUUAUUAUGAAACCAAUUUUGAAACCUGACAUAAAAUGAAGGACAUGUGGAAACAGAAGGGAAUAGACGGCUGCAAAAAACCAAAGGCACUAUUUUUAGCUACGUUUUUCCAUUCAAAAUUAGUCUUAAUAAAAUGUAUUAAAUUUA